AUGUCUCGAAAUGCCGGAACAGCACCGUCGGGCCCGCGCCGGGGUCCACGAUGGUCCCAUCUCCGGCAGACGAGCGGCGGCCACGACCAUCACCCCUUCCACCAUCAUCACCAUCACCUCCACCGCCCUCUCGCCACUUCGCCUGGCUCCCCUGGUAGCAACUCGACGCAUUCGACUAUAAGAGACGACAGGGGCCGUCGCCGCACCGAGAGAUACUGCCAUGUCACCGUCAACGAGAGCUACGUCCGCGAUGAGGUCCUCCUCAACCUCGACCUGCUCGGCCCCGAAGUUAAACCCGGAUCCCUCAUGUCCAUCACCGUUCUGGCCAAAGGCGAUUCCGCGCGCACCUCCUCAGGUGCCUACGGGAGCCUCAACAAGCAGCCGUCUCACGAUCACUGCGAUGGCGCGAGGGCAAUGGGGGGCGAUCACGAUUGCGCUCACCACCGAUACAUCUUCGUGGCGAAGGAUAUGACCAAGGAGAUGAAGGCCCGGUAUCCCGAGGCCGAGGUCUACGUUGUCAAGCAUAUUGCCGACGCCUUCGGCAUGAAGAAGGGCCAUCAGGUGUUGCUUGCUCCGGUCGAUAAGGACCACCCCGCGACCGAGGCUACGCACGUCGAGAUGACUUUCAAGGAUCAAUAUCUUUCCAGGGCAGACAUGUGGAGGCUGACCGUCGGGGAGCUGACGCAGAAGACUGUGUACAAGGGACAGUCCAUACUCUUUAUGGGCACCAUUAAGGCCCAGGUCACGGCGGUCUUCGUCGAGGGCCAGAACGUGCACUCUGCCUUCUUUGUCCGAGACACCAGGCCAAUCUUCCGCAGCGAAUCCGCCAGAUACAUGCUCUUCAUACAAAUGUCCCGGGAGAUGUGGGACUUUGACUCGGAGAGCUCUGGGGAGAUCAUGUUCAACAAGGUCGUCAACGGCUUUCUUCCCGCCAUGUUCAAGCGCUGGGCUCUUCUGAGAGUGAAACAUCUUGUCAGCAUAGUCCUUUUCGCGCGCGUGGAAUACGACACUGGCAUCUCAAGCGAGCUGGCGACCGAAGCGCUGCAGAGCGACUACUACACGGGAGUACAGCCAUACGGUAACCGCCGGCCGUACAAGGACUUUUACCGGGUGGUGGUCAGCCAGAUGGCCAGCGGAGAGUGGACAAAGAUUCUCUAUCAGCUCAAAAGGGAGUUCAACUUCUUCCGACGAGACAUAAGUCUCCACCAUCAACACGUUGGCGCCUUUUGGGACCAUUGCUCAGACGAGUUCGGAGGCAAAGAUGGCCCAGUGACAAGGAUCAAGGCGGAAUCGUCACUUUCCGUUCACGGAAACGUGCUCGAGGCCAUCAAUCUAGCGGCAUCACAAUUCGCCCACGAUUACAUCGACAGAGAUCUCACUCGCACCGGCAUCUCCAUCGCUGUCAUCACCCCGGGCCCGGGGAUCUUUGAGGUCGACUACGAGACUUUGCGGAGGACCACGGAAGCCUUGGUAGGCAACGGAAUGGGCAUAGAUCUCAUAUGCAUGCCCAGGAUGCCGCUGCACUCCGUUCCUCUGUUCAAGUACAGGAAUCCCCGGUUCUCUGAAGACCACCCGCUUGGCCAGGGCGCAUCGUUUUCCAGGUCAUACCAGAGCCGCGAUAGUACGCCGAAUCAGCCAACGCCCGUCGUUGGUAGUUAUCAGUCUUUGACUGGGUCUUUCUCGCCCACCAAAGCUUCUACAGCUGCGCGCCGUAUCGAGUCCCUUACCUCGAUGGCAGCAAAUGAGGAGUGGUGCUACGCCCUGCCUCAAUGGCUACAUGUUUCUUUCUGGACCGGCACCUCCAAUGAAGCACUGUCUUACGCGGGCAUUGCUCUCACUGUGUCGAAUAGGGUCGAACAGGACGACGAGGACGAGUUCAGGAUUAGAUGCCGUAUGUACGACUUGCAGAUGCGGAGCGUCUUAGAUGCCAACGAGAUCGAGGCUGCUCCGCUGCAGUCAGACCCUCACUACCCAACGCAUGCCAUUGAAGGCACAGCCGCUUCGAAGCGGCGCCAGGAUCGCAUUGGCGACACGCUUUAUAUCCCCAACCGGCGGGCUCCGGAGACUCUCGUCGACAGUGUCAUCGGCUUCCAAAAGUUUGCUCCCGAUAGGCUCGCACGCCCUGGAGAGAAGUCAAUAUGGAAACACUUACAGGAGUUUGAUGACUCCAGAAGCCACCUGUCCGCACGGCACCACCAUCACUCCUCGAAGCAUCGAAUUGAACUGGACGACAUGCCUCGAAGGCAGCAGUCUGAGGACGCUACCGCGUUAGGGACCUCUCUGCCAGAGAGGAAGCACUAUGGUCAGGCGGCUUCUAGGAAAUUCUCCCUGACCACAGCAGAAGUAGAAAAACCAAAUAUGGCCAUCGAAAGAAAGCCAAGGGAGCAUUCGAUCCCGACACCCAAGCUGCCCCCGCCGGAGACGGCACCAAAGACUCCAAAGACCCCAAAGUUUAUGAGGCACAUCAGUCUAGGUCAACGAGGAUUCGGAAUUGCUGCUCCAAAGGCAGCAGUGGCAGAGGUCAAGGCGGAGACCGUCAGUGCCGCUGUUGUAUCAGCAGGCGAUCUGCGGCCACCGUCUGCUCCGAGGUCUCUUUCGGAUUUGAGGCCAACGACACCACAGACAAUUGCGAGUGCCACAUCUUCUUCGUCGGCGCGUAAAUCGAAAUCCGACGCACGCGAGUCCAUAGCUGAGGGAAUCUCGGCCACACCCAGCAUCCCGAUUUCGAAGCGAGAUGGACCGACCAGACAAGAUGUGGCAACCAGUUACCUCGUACCGCCACCAACUGCCUUCCCACAGCCAAACAUCAGGCGAGAGAGGCAUGAGGAUGACAACGACGUACGGUACUCCAACGCUUUGCGGGCCGAGGACGCGCAAAAGGUGUACACCAGCAAGCUGCGGGCCGGAGUAGUGCCCGAGCUACCGACGACAUUGUCUCCAAAGACCGCCGUCACGCCUUGGCUCAGUCUCCUCAACCCAUCCAAUCCAGAACAUCAUCGCAUAGACGAUACCGUCCUGUACAGUCGAUGGCAGCAUGUCUUCCCACGAACCUCGGACAUGAAGGUACAAAAAUGGAAGACGCUCUGUUGCCCUGCCGCUGUGCCCCUUACGACCGAAUAUUUCCCUCCGAAGGCCCAGUUCGACGCGGAGUACCAGCGACACCCAUACAACGUGGAUCAAAAUGCCGAUGAUGACGUAGCUGAGGAACCUAAGUCCCGAAAGGAAUUCAUCAAGGAGCUCAUCAGCAUGCGCUUCUCACAUGGCUUCCAGGUCAUCGUUGGGCCUUCCGUGGCGCAGGCAUUUGGACAGAAGCUCAUCAAAAUCGCGGAUAUUUUCUCCCGAGACCAACCGUUGGAUGAUGGCACGAGCGUUUUUAUGUCAGUUGGGAAUACAAUUCAUCAACUUUCUUGUGUCAACGGCACAGAAGUGGAGGUCAACAUAUACGUGCGCAAACCGGCCGAGUCUUCUGUAUCCGAAGGAUUCUCCACGGUUUACAAGCCGGCCAUUCGAACGCUGCUCGAUGACAGCUACGAGACUCGAAAGGUUGACAUUCUCACACCCAAACUGGAGCGCAACUGGAACACUAUCGACUCAUUCCUCGCCGGCCAUCAUGACGAGAUGAUGGAGAGUCUCAGGUUCUGGCGCGCCCGGUACGUUCUGAUUCCUCUCAGCCCGAAACACCCUUCCAUUCCGAGGACGCAGACUGGCGACAACCCCGAAGAAUUGCGAAUCGAAGGCAUCAAGCGGUUAGCUCAGCUUUGGCAAAAGAACCGCUACUUCCCUCCCUCUGAGAAGCGAUUUCAGACGCGGGACAAUCGCCGAAACCCCUUGGACAUCAUUUACAAGACAGAUGAUCCCUCGGCGGUUAUUGCGGCCGAGCUUGAGACGCUGCCGUUGCUGGAAGGCCUAGAUGGCCUGCAACGCAAGGGAAAGCUCGUGACGAGGAAGGAGAGAUUCCAGAAGUCGCACCUCAACCUUGCGGCCCUCGCUGAAGCAAUCCAGCAACCCGUUGAGAACGGCGGUGUGCCCUUGCGGAAUAGACGAUGGCAUCUGCGGAUGCAUAGUGCAGCCUUCAUUGGCUCCGACAUGACAACCUGGCUUCUGGACAACUUUGAAGAUUUGGAGGAUCGUGAAGAGGCAGAGCAGCUGGGUAAUGCGUUGAUGGUACAGGAAGAACCCAAGAUCAAAGACAAGGACAAAGAAAAGGAUGGUGCCGAGCCCAAGGGCCCGCAUGAGAAGGGGCUAUUCGUACACGUCGAAAAGCGCCACAGGUUCCGAGACGGCAACUACUUUUACCAGAUGGCACCCGAGUUUGCAAAGGCGCAGCCUGGUUGGUUCAGUUCCAAGCGAAAGGACGCAUCAUCGGUGCCGCCGACGCCUCUGUCCGAGACGGGUCGCGACUCGCCGCAUGCCAGUGUGCGCGCCCCAGGCUCAGCCGACGGUUUAUCGCCUGCUUCUGCCGCCCCCACGCCGAUUGUCUCGACAGGUUUUGGAAACAAAAACCGGCCUCGCGUCGUGUUGAGCAAGGUGAUCAAAUACGACAUUGACCCUCGAAAGAGGUCAUACCGCCCCGAGCGCAUCGACCUGCACUACGACCGCCUUCACAACCCAGACAAUUGUUUCCAUAUCCGCAUUGACUGGAUGAAUGCGACGUCCAAGUUGGUGCAAGAUGUCAUUGAGAGCUGGGAACGGGAGGCCAGCCAGUACGGCCUACGGCUCGUCGAGGUGCCCAUCAAGGAGGCGUCUCUCAUUACGGAAUCCAAUCCUUUCCGCAAGCCAUUCCGCAUCAAGCUCGCCGCGCGUCCGCCAGACGAGAAGCCCGAGGCGUAUUACGACCCGAAUUCUCUCGGCCCCCAGGCAGCGCCUAGCAAGAACUUCUACCAGUCUGCCAUCCUCAAAAGCUUCGACUUCGUCCUCGAUCUCGAGGCCGCAAGCAACUUCCCGAGUAACGUCGAUGUGCGGUACUCGUGGGGCAAACCCGAGUUCAAGUACACCCAGUACAUACACCGGUCCGGGUCCCUCCUCGCGCAGAUAACCGACGACGGCAACUUUCUCGUGCUGGCGAAUCGGCUUUAUAACAAAAGCUUUGGCGCCGCCCGGGACAAGGAGAUACGCGCACAGGGACCGUCCGAACAGCCCACGCACCUCGAUCGCGCGGGGCGACUCAUGAGCAUCGGCGGGGUGUACGGCGGACAAAGCAUGUCCGAGCCUGCUCCUGCAGCCGGUUCCGCCUCACCGAUGGUGCGCCCGACGUUUCACUACCAGUCCCCAGCCCUCCGAGCCGUCGAUACACCAGCAAUUGGCACCAACUCAUCCGCGCACGGUGGCAAAGCGCAGUCCGGUCGCGGCGGCGUGGCAGAGGGCAUCAAGGAAGAAUUCGAGACGUUUUGCAACGACGCCGCUGCCCUCGAGGCCUUCUACAAGGAAACGCUCGAAAAGGGCCAGCGCGUGCACGACACGCCCUCGUCCAUCGCCACGGGGCCGCCCGGCCUCGAGCCCGUGCCGGAGGCUAGCAUCCCCUCGCUCGGGCUGCCGCCUGGUGUGCUGGGCGGUGCGGCUGGACUUGGCGACGGCAACGAGAGGAGCGCCGCGGCGCUGGCCGCGAGCAUGCGGCUGGGCAGCCCCAUGACGUUUAUGCGCAGGGGCAGCGUGCAGUUUGACGGCAUGGGACUCGGCUCCAAGGGCAAGUGA